UUACUAAUUAAAUAAAUAGUAUUUCCGAUAAUGAUAUAAGACAUAUUUAACACAAAUGCAACGCUGUUUGCUAAGUGCACUUCGUAAAGCUGGCAGCACUUAUAUUAAAGCAUAUGUUUCUUGUUGUGAAUUUUAGUGCAAUUUUUCUCUAGUACUCCCCUAUUUAUUUAUACCAAUUAAGUAUUAAGUUAACGGUUGCACAGUUAAAACAGGAUGUCCAAUCCAUUUGAUGAACCAGAUGAAGUUGAAAUUCUAGAAGGGUUUCUUUGUCCAAUAUGUCGUGCAGACUUAAAAUCAUCUGAAGUAUUGUUAGAACAUUUUGAACGUUAUCACGCAGAAGAACAGGAUGCACUGAAAUCUAUUUUUAAAGAUAUAUUUAGCAAGGCGAAAAAGAAAAUACGACAAAAUUUUGAUGAUUCCUUUGAUUUGUCACGGAAUUUGGAGAAAAAUGCAAGUAUUAGUGGAGGAAGUGGUUCACAAAAUAAUGGGAUUAUCACUGCUCCUUCUGCAAGUAAUGCACAUACUCGCAUGAAUGUAUAUAAUUUUAUGGAUAGACAAGAGAUAGGUACCCAGCGCGAUCACUUAGAAUAUUUUCAAGUUAUACGCAAUCCACGAAUAGAACGUUAUGCCAGUGAAACCAAUAAAUUAAUAAUACGACUACAUAAAUUAUUAAAAGAUAUGCCACAGGAUCCUUUAUUGAGAAAAACGCACGAACAACAGACAGUAAUUUGGUUGGAUGGUAGUUUGGUAAAACUGUGUCCCAAUUGUGCAAAGAGUUUUCAUAUUGCGAGACGUCAACACCAUUGUCGUUUAUGUGGUAGCAUUAUGUGCAAUGACUGCUCCAGAUUUUUGCCUAUAAGUGAUGCAGUUGAAUUGGCAAGCCUCACCAUUAAGCAAAGUGAACCAAUUAAAAUAGAUAAUUUAGAGAAAAUAACUAGUCUGCAGCAGAACGGUAUACGUAUUUGCAGUCACUGCAUUUGGUUAUUAGAAACGCGUAAAGAAAUGAAUGAAAGCCGCAAUUGUAUACCACCAAUGACAAAAUAUUAUUUACAAAUACAAGAGUUUAGAAAAGAUGUGACGCCUGAUAUCGAUAUGUAUUUGAAAAUGGUUGCUAGUCUUUAUGAAGGUGAAUCGAUUUACACUUUGGGCGCUGCAAGUGCAUUACGUGGAAAAAUUGGGCAAAUUGCUGAGUCAAUAGAUGUGCUUAGCAAACAUAUUAUGACACUACCAUGCCAAGAAGGCAGCAGAGAAGAAGCAUUGAAGAAAGGUAUUCGAUUAUCCUGUGUACAGUUGAUAAAAGAGAAAAUGCUUGCAUUACCACCGUUGCCCAGUGAGGAAAAGGUGCGUCAAAUACAGGAGCAAAAACGAAUGCAAGCAGAACAGCGCAUAGAAAUGGAACGACGAAUUGCAAUGGAAGCUUAUGAACGUCAUGGUCUUAAUAAUACUACGGAUAACUUUGAACGCGCUGGUAAAGAUGAUUAUGCCUAUGGUUCUGAUUUACGUUCUUUGGAUAACUGGACAGCGCAUCAGAUUAAUACAUCUGGAAUUAGUCAAAACGAUGAUCCAUUGGUUGAACAAAUCAACAUAAUUAAGGGUUAUAUAAAACAAGCUAAAAAGGAUAUGAAUUUCGAAGUUGUGGAAACAUUAGAAACCAACUUACGCGAAUUGCAAGGUGAAUUUUAUCAACGACAAAGAGCAUCCACCCAAAUGAACUCGUCUUUAGUAAACUCAAGUACAGAAUAAAUAAAGGUUUUAAGCUUUUUAUAUUAUAACAAAAAUAAUUCUUUACCUACAAGCAUUAAAGUGCAUUACUAUUUUAUUGUGCAACAAUACAAAAUGUCUUUACAAAUUCAUUUUAUAAUUUAAUAAGUUUUGUAUAUAAAUCGUAUGACAAAAAAAUGCAUUUUCAUUUAUGUUAAAUAUUGCAGAGUAUAUAAUUGAAGCUUUUAGCAUUUAUAUAUAACUAAAUGUGCUAUAAAAUGUGCGUUAAUAAAUAUAUAAUAAAAAUAUCUAAUCCAUUUGUUCCAAUAAGAUUUACCAACUUAUACAAAAAUCAUUCGUAUUGCAGUUUAGGUAUUUUUUUUUAAA